AAAAAAAAAAAAAAAAAGAAGAAGAAGAAGAAGAAGAAAAUACGCCAUUGAUUCGCCUAGAUCAUCUGAAGUUUUAUUGGAAAACGGUUGUCCGUUCCUACUAUACCGGCUUCCCCUCCACCUUACAUAUGAAUCCCCUCACGGCCCCGUCACGGGCGGAAGCAGAGUGGUUUGCCGUCGGCCUGGCCUCGUCCUUCCCCGAUCUCGGCUCGGACGACGGCAACCUCGCCAAACCACGGAUCUGCAAGGGGGAAGCCACUCCGGGAUGCAAGGUCUUCCAUGUCCCUAGAACAGAUAGCUCUCGAGGGACCCAGGUGCCCGUUGCAGCCGACUCCUUUGAGACACGCGAGGGAAGGAGGGGAGGCUUAAAGGAACAGGUCCUCGUGUUCCGAUAUAAGGGCAAGUUUCAUGCGGUCGACCACCAAUGUCCUCACUCCUCCUUCCCGCUUUCUCAAGGCAUACCUUUUGAUAUCGAGGAUUUUGGCGUCGUUCUCAGUUCCGGGCUCAUGUGUCCGAAGCAUGACUGGUCUUUUGACCUGUUCACUGGGACGUCGGACCGUGGGAAUUACAAACUGGGGGUGUGGGAGGUCCAGUUGCGUGAGGUGGGCGGAGAAGGACGGACAAUAUCCAGAGAGGAGGUUGAUGCUGGGGUUGAGACCGCAUGCACAGAUAAAGAGGUGUGGGUGAGGAGAAAACAGAGAAUAGGCUAGCCAACUCCAAUUUGUCGUUUUAACAUUUUCUGGACCGGUCUCUCCGUUUCGCAAUAAGAGUUCUCAUC